AUGAAAAAUAAAAAUCCAUUCGAUUUAUUAUUACUAUUGAAUAAGAGUAAUUUAAGACAUAUAGCAGUUAUUGUUUUUACUAAUGAUAAACAUGGUUUAAUAAAUCAUUUGGAAUAUCAAGCACCAUCGGUUGCUCUUAUUGAUUGGAAAGAUCGUUUAUACAUAACAGGUGAUUCAAAAAAAUUAAUAUCAAAAUUCAAGUCCAAUAUUGAAAACAAAUCAUAA